GACAGAUGGAGGACAGCCAGACCCUGCAACACUAUGGAAUCAAACCAAACAGCUUUGUGUAUCAUAUACUGAGAUAUGGAACUUUAAGAGUCGAGUUUCCAGGUAAGAUCAUGUCCUGGUCCUCCCUGACCACCCGGUGUAGUGGAGCUGAUGGAGCUGUAUGGUGGUGAACGUGGGACCUCAACUCACUGCACGGUGGUGAGCGUGUCCCUCCCACGGUUCAUGGAGGAGGAUGUAGAAGUUGGGGUGGGAGUGGGAGUAUGCAGUGGCACACGAGGGGCCCAGUGCAGCUGAUGGGAUGGGGAAGGCUGGGUGAAGGCUGCUUGAGGAUGGCUUCUUCUCCCAAACAAGAGGCAAAAAUGACAAUGUCUUCCAGAUACUCCACUCACAUCAACAGUACAAAUGAUGGAGGACAUCUAUAUCCCUUCUCUGCCAGACGAGAUUCCACUCACAUCAGCAGUCCAAGUGAGGGAGGACAUCUAUAUCCCAUCUCUGCCAGACAAGGCCUCGGUGAGCGCAGAGAUGAGCUAUGAAUCCAAACAAUCCAAUGACUCUCCAACACCAGAGGGAAACUGCUGGCGCUGCAUGUGGGAGGAUCUUCCAAAAGUGACUCCAGUUACACACUGGGACGAUCUGGCGGAGCACCUGGUGUACCGAGCUGACCUCCCUCGCGCAGGCGUCUUCCAGUGCUCCCUCACAGGCCUCAGCUUCGAGGUGAAGUCAGCAGUGACCAUCACCUACAGAUACGACACCUGGGCCGAGCACCUGAGUGAGGCUGACUGGGAAACAUGGGUGCCCGCCGGACCCCUCUUCCACAUCAAGGUGCAGCCGGGGGUUGUGCAGGCGGUGUAUCUCCCCCACUUCAUCUGCCUGGCAGAAGAUGUAAAUACCAGCCUGUGCUCCAUUGCCCAUUUUAAAUCUGGGGAGAUGACCCUGGAGAGACCGACCAGACUGAUUGCUUUCUCUGCUGUCCUGGAGAAUCCCAGCUUCUCACUGCUUGGGGUGCUUUGGAGGAGGUUACGUUCAACCUUAAAUUCACUCCCUAUGCACUCCUUGGUAUUGAUCUUCCAGCAGUUCAAUGCUGCAAAUACAACUCUUCACUUCUACCUGAUCCCAGAUGACAAUUCUGUGAAGCAGGCCAUUUUAAAACAAGAAAUGGAAUAUGAAUCAAAGUUUAUUCCCAAGCCUCCUCCAUUCAGACCUCUGUUCUUUGGCUGCAAUUACCAGGUGACCACUACAGCACCCGCACAGAUAACACCUCAAAAGCAGUUGCCCUUUUACUACAAGAGUCCAAAGGAACAGCAGCUCUUUGUCGAGAUCUACAUCGAGAACAUGGCAAAGGAAAUUGAGCUCCUUAUGACAGACACACGCGAUGGCAUUGAGGUCUGGAGGGCAUCACUGAGAUCAGGUGAUGCUAACCUUCCUGCCCGUGUCUCUGGGAGAGGUGCAGCCUUCAUGAAGGAGAACAAAACCAUGCUCUGCUCCAGGAUGGGGCAGCUCCGCACCAUUCUGAUGUACUUACGGGAUGCAAACGUCAUCAACAGCGAUGAAGAAGAGGAGGUGCGACAUCAAGAUACGAAACUAGAGAGGAACCGAAUGUUGCUGGAGCUUGUUGAGAAGAAAGGGUGGGAGGCCCAGGAGCAGCUCUAUCAGAUCCUCCAGAGGCAAGACCCAUACCUCAUGGAAGACCUGGAGUUCUGCUAGGCCUGGAAAGCAGACUGUGUGUGCUCCCAUUACUCAGAUUACGGGAGACAUAGAAGGGCAAUGGGGUUUACCGAUGCCUGAAUGCAAAGCAAAAAUCCAUGGUGCAAAGCAGCAAUAAGCCUUCUGAACCACCCUUGGUUCCCAAUCCAGUGCCAAUAUCUCGGCCCUCUCUGCCUUCCUGACACAGGGCCUCUGCCUCUCCAGAAGCUUCAGGAAGCUGUUGGCAGAGGAGCUCCCAGCAAGAGAGACACCGCAAGCUUAGCCUCCCCAUCCUCAUUGUCCACGGGCACUUCUCAGGGCUGGAAGAGGGGAGUUGCUUUAUCAGGAAGAGCUGUCUGAGAAGGCUCGUCUCAUGUGCAAGCCACAGCAAGCCAUAGAUGUUGAUGGGAAUCCAUAUCAAUGUCAACCUCCAGCCUGGUUUACCCAAAUGACCCAAAUUCACCAAAGGAGCAAACAAGCAUCCUGAUCUCAGCAGCAGUGGGUGAAGGAGGCCCUGUGAGGAAGCCAUGAGAAACAGCAAGACAAGAGAUACAGGUUUGUGAAUCUUCAGGGAAAGUCUGCCUCAAUAGUGGCUCCUUUACGUUCAGAAGAAAGCCAGCAGAUUGUUUUCAAAUCACAUUCUUCACAUCUAUAAAGUCAGCUCCUUCCUGGAUCAUGCAGAUGCCUUCACUGGUGGCAUCGUCCUGCUGUUGAACAAGGCAGUCAGGGCAGGAGCAGUCUGCUCUGGUGUCCAGUAUCUACAAAUAGACCUGUUGGGGUCAAGCUCAAGUGAAAUUCAGGCUUGCCUAAGUGGAGACAGCACCUUCUGGAAGCUCAAAGGAGCUUCCAGGGAGCGUUGAGUGAAACGGUCCCCACUACGUGUUCCGUGGCUUUGUGGGGUGGAAAUGAGACUGCUGCCUUAAGUAUUGCUUUCUCUUUAUUCCUCCUCUUAAGCGCCUGGGGAACACGGUGCUGCUGGAACACGCCAUUAGAGUCUGUCUCUACUCCGUUAAGGGUCCAGGGGUGCAGCCAAGGGUUAACAUGAAGGGGAAUGAGGAGGAAAAAAAAUGGGGGAGGCAGAAAGGAAUGUAAAAGGGGCCACUCAGGUAUAAACUGGGAGCAGGUUGGCCGAGUCCUGUGCUGGGUCACUGCAGCCUGCCUUUUCUCUUUAGUUUUUCCUAUUAAAUCUUUUCCUCACUGUUCCUCUGGGUCAUCUCACUCUCAACCGCGGGAGUGUGUGCUGUGAGGACCAAGUGCCAGCUGCUGGUGGGACCUGCGUGUGCCUCAGGGGAUUUGGUGUCACCCCCUUUAACCUCCAGCCACGGGUUGGGAGCGAUGUCCCCAAAACUAGCUACUGGGGGGGGAGCGGCGUCCGGCAAAUGAGGGGCUCCAUGUGACUGGUGGGGAGUGUAAUAAGUAAUUUAGGAAGGAAAUUUUGCUUCAGCUAAACAGAUAUGUGCUUGCUACGGCUUCAGCUAAAAUAGGAAUGAGCUUACUAUGGGGUCGGAAAAUGGACAGUGUUAGGUAAAAUAUUAGACAGAAGCAACAGUGCAAAAACCCGUUGCAAACCAAGGGAUGGUGUGGUUAGCUAAGACAACCGCAGAAGCGUCAAUCAUGUAAAGAAUGGAGAAGCCACAAGAAGGACACGGCGAUGGAGACCCCGAGCCUUCCUCUGACGACCGGCAGGAAGACCCCUAGGGAAGCAUUGCGCCUGCGCUGCUAGGAGGGGGGAGGCGUGUUCGGGGGCGGGCUACGUUCCGAGAACUUAUUGAUUAUGCAAAUCAUUUUAC